UUCACCGACGCACGUACGUUUUAAACAAGUUUCUUUUAAGUUGUGACUCGAAUUCCGUAUAUUUAGAAAAAGUUUAGUGAUUGUUGAGUUUGAUUUUAGAAGGUAAUUAUAUUUUAAAAAUGGAAAAGGGUUGGAAGUUUCUCAUUUUCACGCUCGUCGUAAUCCUGUCGAUGCUGAUCACCGCAGAGUCCACUGUUCCACAACCGAGGGCCCCCAACUUCCAGUACUUUGAGAGACCAAAGUACCGGUAUCCAUAUUAUGAUGAGAAUGGCAAAGGAAAAUUGUUAUACGGCUACGGAGGUCCCGAACUAUUUCAAUAUAAAUCCUAUUCUCCUCUUGAGGGCAUUCACUAAAUCAUGGUUUUCUAAAGGCUUUUCUUGGGUUUCGUUGGGUUAUUUAUAAUUAAGAGGCUAUAUCUACUAAAAUAUAAAAGGCUGCGCUGCGCGCUGUUUGUAUCUUGUUAUAUAACAUCACUAAAGUAUUUAUUGAGUUUUGAGUUAUUUUUCUCGGAAUAUACCGUUUUUAAUUCCGUGAUUUUCCUAGUCCUCAAUAUAAAUUUUAUGGAAUCUUAAGCAAGUUCUUAUUUAUGUGUCAUUCUUUCGAAUGAGGAGUUUAA